CAGGGAUAACAAGUCAUCCGAUGGAAGCAGCCUGGUAAGGAAAGGGAAACAGGGCGGCGAGUGAAUUUCCUUGAAAUCAGGGAACUGGUAAGACAUCUCAGCCAGACACCCUGUCACCCUGAAGAUGGGAAAGAGCCAAAAUACCAUUUCAAACGUGGCAACAAUACAGACAUCUCAAAUCUACCCGGAAGGUCAUUUGACCCCAGAGGACACCCCUAACUUUCCCAUGGGCGAGAUGAGCACGGAGGUGAAGCUGCCGGACAACCAGGCAGAGCAAGAACUCAAGGCUGGAGUUGGUUUGCAAAGGGCCGACGCUGACACUCCCCUGGGUGAAGAUGUGCAGCAACUAGACGGAUAUCUGUCCGCCGAACAAAUAGUGCUUUUUAAAAAAGAGUUUCCCGCUUUUAAAGAGCGACAAGAAGCAAUCAUCAGAGAGUACCGUGCCUUUGCUGACGACAUCGACAAAACCCACAAAAAUUUCAUCAAGACCAGCGUGGUGACCAGCUCCGUGGCCGUCGUCUCCGGAAUGGCGAGCGUCCUGGGCUUAUUCCUCGCUCCGGCAACAGCGGGAGGAAGCCUGCUGCUCUCCGCCGCCGGCCAAGGGCUGGGGACAGUAGCUGGGGCCGCCAGCCUCUUGACCGACCUUCUGGAAUACUUUCACAAUAAAAAAGUUCAAGCUCAGGCCAGCAGGGAAUUGUCUACCGUCAGUCACAAGGUCGAAGACCCUGCAAAGGACAUAUCCCAUUUGGUAAGUGCUGGAAAGACCAUCUAUGACUGCAGAAGAGCCAUCACGGCCAUCAAGAAGAACAGCAGUGCCCUGAAGAUAGCCAGAGCCCACCCGAGCCUGGCCAAGGCCGCCAAGCGGUUUGUGGCCACCGGCCAGCUCCCGGCCAAUCGGAUCGAACAAGUGCAAAAGGCCUUUGGAGGUACGCCGCUCGCGCUGGGGAGAAAAGCUCGCUGGCUGGGCGGUGUGACCGGGGGCCUCUUCCUCAGCAUGGACGUGCACAGCCUCCUGAAGGACUGGAAGGAACUGAAGGACGGAGCCAGGACAGAGUUGGCACAAGACCUAAGGGCCGCGGCUGAGGAGCUGGAGAGAGAGCUGGAAGAGCUCACCCUGCUCUACGAGAGCCUGCAGCAGGAGGUGGGCUGUGCCUUCCCUCGGGGUUACCGGAGGGUGUGA